GCUUACUUCCUCUUUCUUACGACGAAGUACAAGGAAACUUAAAAUAUUCACUUCAAGCAAAUGCUUUUUGGGUAGAAAGUUGUCUUCAUAAUGAAGUCUAUGAUACUGAUUUUACCUCUUUGUCUUUCGCUACAAGAUUCACUAGGCGAAUUCACGACCAAAAGUGCAACUGAAAUCCAUUCCAAAGUUCUUGGGUCCUCCUACAACAAAUAUGUAAGGCCACAUGCUAUCACAAACAUCAGCAUUGAAUUAGUUCUGUUUUCACUCGAUGAACUGGACGUAAAAAGGCAGACAAUGUCUUCUUCUGGCUGGCUUACUGUUACUUGGGACGAUCCUCGAUUGACUUGGGAUGCAUCAGCCAACGACGAUAUAGAAUAUAUCUACACGAAACAAAACAAAAUCUGGCGCCCAGAACUCAUCGUUGAUAACUCCGUUGAGGGUAUCACGCCUAUUGGCCAUGACGAGUUGUUUUUCAAAGUGAAGCAUACCGGUGAGGUUCGCUGGGAUCCCCCUGGUCGUCACGUCACUCAUUGUGAAUUUGACGUCACCUAUUUUCCAUUCGACUACCAGAAAUGUUCUAUUGAGAUUGCAAGUUUCGCUUUCACGACAGAAGUUCUGACUUUAAUAAAAACCAGAGAUACAAUUAACAUCGAGGAUUAUCACGACCACGGGGAAUGGAUACUGCAUUCCACACAGGUAGAAAAUCAUGUUUUAGUGGAAAACGGCGAGGAAUUUUCGAUGUUGGAAUUUCAGGUGAUCUUUGAAAGGCGACCUGGAUAUUACAUUACGAACAUCGUUUACCCAGUGAUUCUAGUCUCUCUUCUGACUAACCUAGUGUUCCUUCUGCCGGCGGACUCCGGGGAGAAGAUAUCCUACAUCCUGACGGUUCUACUGGCCCAGGCAGUGUUGCUGACCCUAAUUGGGGACAGUAUGCCAACGACUUCUAAAAAAGCACCUUUAAUAGAAAUAUAUGUCUCCCUUGUUCUGGUGAUGGCCGCCUUAGCUAUUGUCAUCACCAUCCUGAACCUCCGCCUUCACCUCAGAGCGGACCAAACCGCAGUGCCAAAAUGGCUCAAGACCUUCACCCUCAGAGUGCUUCUCAGAAUCAGCUGUCGAACUUCAAAGGUCAAAGACUGCGUGGUUUCCAAAGAGGUUUCCAACGAGGACACAGACGAAGAUGACUAUGUCAACGUAAGAGGUAUAGCCUUAAAUCGCAUGUCGACUCUAAGGCCAAAGGUUCCGAUCAGGAAGAAUCCACAGUUUCCAUUCGACUGCAAAGAAGUGUCAGCUUUCCUUGACCUUUUCUUUUUUCAUUUAUUUAACAUCGUCAUAUUUAUAACGACCAUGGUUUUGGUUCUAAUUCUAUCGGUGUCUGAUGUACCUCCAACACACACCGCACAUGGUGAAUAAAAUCAAGUUUUUAAAUUUUUUGAUAGAAAAAUAUUUAUAAAAUUUCACGUUACUUUUUUAUCUUAAACUCGAAUAAUAUAUGUAUGGCACACAAACAUAGGUAAUUAAAGAUUACAAAGCUCACCGAGAUGAACUAUCACCUUUAUUAGAUCACCUUGAUCAUAAUAUUUGUAUAUGAAAAUCUUACUCAAUGAUCUCUUUUAUCAAAAUAUUAGAUAAUAUAGCGUGGUUUGUCAUAUAUCAUAAAUACAAACUUGCAUGAUACAAUAUCAUAUGAUACCACAUAAAUAACACAAUAUCAUAUUACAUAAAACAA